CGUGACGUGCAGGGCAGUGAGGCCCUGCCGUUGUGGCCACCGGCCUCCCGCCCCCCCAACCACCAUAGAGCCGAGUCCGCCGCGUGCCCAGAGCGGCUGCGCGCCGGCCGGAAGCGGGCGGGGCGGGGCGGGGCGGGGGGCGGCCUGGCGGCGGCAGCAGCCAUGCCGCUGGCGAAAGAUCUGGUGCAUCCCUCCUUGGAGGAUGAGAAGAGAAAGCACAAGAAGAAACGUCUUGUGCAGAGCCCAAACUCCUACUUCAUGGAUGUAAAAUGCCCAGGAUGCUACAAGAUCACGACUGUAUUCAGCCAUGCUCAGACAGUAGUUCUGUGUGUAGGGUGUUCAACUGUCUUGUGUCAGCCUACUGGGGGCAAAGCCAGGCUCACAGAAGGCUGUUCAUUUAGAAGAAAGCAACACUGAACACUUCAGCAUGUGGUUUCGGAUCUGCGUUCCUGAAAGCCUUACUGGUUUAAAAAUGCCUGUUAAUAUACCAAUGUAAUUACAGUUGAUUUUGUAAAAAUUACAUGCUAUUGGUGACUAAUGAGCUGGAAUCUCUUUUUCAAUAAAUGAUUUAAAGUGCAAGUUUUUCCUGCAAGUUUGCAGACAACUGAGCUCUAUUUUUGUAAUUUUACUUUUAAACAGUGUAUUGUUAAUUGAGUGGCAUCAUGUAAUAUAAAAACCUUGGAAUUGCUGCAUCCUUCCCCUCGUUAAUCAUCAACUACAGCAGUGUAAUGCUUUUGGUGACAGAAACUGCUCUAAGAGUGCAUUUUGUAUACUUUAUUACUGCAACUACCCUAGAUUAGAUAGAUUUAAAAUGGCUCAUUUGCUUUCAACGUUGCUUUAGUCCCUUUACUAUGUUGAGUAACGUGGCGAUAAAUAAAAAUAUAAAGUUACUCACUCAUGUUCA